AUGAACAAGAACCAUGGAUUCUUUAUUCCAGAUUCAGAACACUUGACUGAUCUCGAGGGCCUAUUAGGUUACUGUCACGAAAAGGUAAAGCUUGGCCACUUCUGUCUUUACUGUGGGCGAGUCUUUCCAACCUGGCAAGGCUGUCAAAAUCACAUGAUUAGCACCCGGCAUACAAAGCUACGGUACGAGCAAGGCUUUUGGGAAGAGCUUGAUCCAUUUUACGACUUUUCAAGGGAGCAUAAAAACUUUAUCGGAGAGAGUAAUAACGACGAGAAAGGGGACGCCGUUGAAUCCAAUAUCCCCAAAAAUACUGCUGUGGUAGAUGAUGACGAUGAUGACAAUGAAGACUGGGAGGAUGUUUCGGAACAUGGCGAUGAUGACGACGAUUCUGCACGUGACUAUAGAGGGUACGAGAAGGAAAUUGCCAGAUUUGGGUUAGAUAUCACUCCCCUAGGUGAGCUUGUUUUUCCAGACGGUCGUAUAGUUGGUCAUCGGGCACUUCACAAGUAUUACAAACAGAGUAUUCGAUCUACAGCUGCAAGUGACGCAGUUGUUGCUGCAAAAACAGCUGCUGGUGAACGAAUGUACGAUGGUCGGGUGGUCAACAUCAACAGUCCUCUGCCCCCUGAAACGAAUGGUGGCUCUGGCAAAGGCAUUCUGGUUCCGAUGAAAGGAGGCCCCGAGGCUUUUAGUGCUUUGUCGCUGUAUCGCUACAGGGCGGCUGUCAGGAAGCAGCGCGUAGACGAUGACAAAGGACGGCGAUUGAAGUACAGAACCACCCAGAACAUGAACCGAAUGGACAAGAAGGCAAAUCGUCUGAUGAAUGGAGUCAGCGUGGCACAUGCAGCAAGAUAG